UCGAGCCCCGAAGCAUCUGCCUUCUUCUCUUCCCCCUCGUGUGCGGGUGCGGCGGCGCCACCGUACUCAUCGCUUCUCCCGUACCCGCGGCUCCGCUCCAUCCAUCGAUCCGCAUCCACUCCCGUCCAUGGCAACCGCUGCCGCCGCCGCCGCCGCCUUCUGUGGCUUGGAGGAGGUCCUGGUCGACGGAUACGGCUGCAUCGGCGACGAACGCAACCACACCACCGUCGGUGGCUGGACGAGGAACAUGGACGUAAUCGUGGCGUCCUUCUGGAGCGAGCGCCCGCCGCUCCUCUCCCGCCUCUACGUAUAUGCCCCCGAUCUGGAUCCCAGCGCCUUCUCGGAGCUUCCCCGCAUCCUAUGCGUGGUGGAAGGGCUGAUCCUCUUCCGCGUCGCCAUCCGCUGCCGCCAGCCCGGCUGCGUCCUCAUGGAGGAGUGCGACUACUUCGUCUACCGUGUCGAUAGCGCGUCGCUCGAACUGAUCCGCAACCCCAGCCCCGUCGCCUUCCGUGACGAGGAUGUCGGCCUCCUACCUUGGGGUAACGGCGGCUACACCGUCGCCGCGCUGGUGCCCACGCUCAACUCGGCGCCCACAACCGACCCCAAUGUGUUCAUGCUUCACUUGUUUCACUCAGCGACCCGGAGAUGGACAAACCGAUAGGUGUCUCUGGAGGCGCCUCAGACCGAAUUUCCAGUGGAGAUCACAAGGGAUGGGGAUGCUUGUCGGUUCUUGCAUCAUUCAACAUGCACCGUGAUCACACUUGGGGGUGAAAAGGGGGCCAUGGGCUGGGUCGAUCUCUGGAGGGGUAUCCUUCUCUGCGAUGUUCUCAUUCCAGAGCCUGAGCUCCGAGGCGUGCCUUUGCCGUUGCCGAGGGCAAUGUAUCUACCCAAUGGUGAGACUACGAUUGAUUUUCGAUGUCCAAAGCUGUACCGGGGCAUUGCUUUCAUCAAGGAAAAGCGCUGCCUCAGGUUUGUUGAUUUAGAUAUCAUUUACGAACGCCUUCCGGAUAAGGACAAGAAAAGUUGGUAUCCCAGUUUCAGAUUUGAUGGAUGGACAGUCACCGCAUGGAACAACUGCAACCUAACCAAUUCCUUUGAGGACUGGAAGAUGGAUUGCCUGCCAGUCCACGGAGACAUCAUCAGCUUUGAUCAACAGAUGCGAAGGCGACUGCUGAAGUACCAACUGCUGCGGCCGAAGUCACACCAGGACAAGGAUAACAGUGUGGCUGCCGACCCAAGGCGAAACUUGGAGAACCUCUUGGUUUUUCUACCCACUCCCAGCAAUUCAGAUGCUGUCUUCUUGUUUGCCAAGGCUGAAUUCCGACAUCCUGAGACGUACGUUUUUGCUAUUGACAUGAGAAGUAAACAUCUGCUAGAUGUGACUGAGUUCGGAGUUGAAAUGAAAAUUUGUGAUAAUUUUAUCUGUCACCAUGGUAGUGUCUCCAAGGACAAGACGUGUCCAGCAGCUUCUUCAAGGGCCACGGAUUUCAGAGGUGAUGAUGCUGGGAGGUCUGCCAGUGGCUUUGGUCAGACUGGUUACAACUCCCAACAGGGAAUCAAAGGUACAAUUUCUGUUCACGAUAGACUUGGUGGUGAAAGUUUCGAAGGUAGGAGCGACGAGCAGAAAGACAGAGAAGCAUGGUCUUCGAGAGCCAGGAUUUUUGGCACAUGUAGGUGGUGUGGUCAAGAUGGUCAUCAUCAGGCAACCUGCACUAAUGAUCCCCUCUGCUUCAGUUGCAAAAAAUCUGGCCAUAUUGCUGCUCAGUGUCCACAACUCCUGGGUUGCAAGAUGAGGAUGUUUGGUUUUGGCUUUCCAGGACAGGGAUUUCAUAGCUUACAGUUACCUGGGCCGCAAACCUCUCAAACUGAUGAGAAUCUGGGGAGUAUUCAGAUUGUCAGUGGAAAAGCAUCUGCUGCUUGGGUUGAGGAGGAAUUAAAACACUUGAUUGAUAGCUCCUGGGACUGGAAGGUUCGACAGAUCUCUGAUCUUGAGUAUUUGGUGGUCUUCCCCAACAAAGCCAUGCUGGAUACUUUAUCCAAAUUCAAUGGUGUGAAAUUGGCUAUCCACAACAUAUUUGCUAUGGUAUCUAAAUCCAAUCUUGAUGCCUCUGCUUCUUCUAUCCUUUAGACUGGUUGGAUCCAAAUUCAUGGAAUACCAAGUCUGGCCAGAAACGAAGACGCAGUUAGGCAGAUUGCUGAACUAGCUGGUGAAGUCGAAGUAAUUGAUGAGCUGUCGUUAAUCAGAGAAGGUCCUGUUAGGGUUAAGAUCAAUGCUAGGGAGGUACACAAAUUGAAUGGUUUUCUGGAGGUUUUCUUUGGCAAGGUUGGCAGGGAACUCAAAUUUGUGUCUGAAGGUGGCAAGGGGAAAGCUACUGAACCACCACCAACUCCUCCUCCAAAAAAAACCUGAUGAAGACUCUGAUGAGGAUGCUGAUGGAUCUGGCAAAGAGAAUGAACUUGAGUGGGAGAGGAUGAGGAGAUUGUAUGAAAAAGAAAAGUCUGACAAGACUCAAGAAAAAAAAACAAAUCUCCGCCCCUGUCAAACAAAAGGUGCUGGGAGACCAAGUUGAGCUGCCUCAAUUAAGGAGGAAAUGAGGGAAAGUACAGCGCUCGCCAAUUACAGAGGAAGCGGUUCAAGUCAGUCAAGACCCUUUUUGGGAUACUCUCCCCUCUCAGGAGCAGGACAAAAACUCUUCUAUACAGCUUGAUGAUAUGCAAGGCGUGGAAUUGGGUGCUGACAACGUCACUACUCCUCAGUUGAAGGUAGUGCAAGGGGCAGAGCUGGAUGCUACUCCUGCUGCGGCCGAGGUCAGCGCAGGACAAGGAUAGCAGUGUAGGGCGAAACUUGGAGAACCUCUUGGUUUUUCUACCCCCUCCCAGCAUGGAUAAUUCAGAUAUUGUCUUCUUGAUUGCCAAGGCUGAAUUCCUGCAUCCUGAGACAUAUGUUUUUGCUAUUGACACGAGAAACAAACAUCUGCAAGAUCUGACUAUGGAAUUGAAAGGGAACUUUGUGAUUUUAUCUGUCACCAUGGUAGUGUCUCCAAGGACAAGCCGUGUCCAGCAACUUCUUCAAGGUAAUUUAUUUACAGCUGUUAUAUCCCAAUUUCAUUAUCAUUAAGAUAGCAGGGCCUCAUAUAGUUCGAUAGAUGUCAGGUGCAAGCAGAUGUAAGCUAGCAGGAAUCACCCAUGAACUAUUGGGAGCUGAUUACUCUGCUGUUUCUUCAUGGUGUAAUGUCUGGUGUCUCAAACUGAGUUAACUUCAUGCAAAUAAAACACUAUGUAAUUCUUUUGAUUGUGCAAUUUGCAUUGCCCUAAAGAAAAGUUCACUUGAA